AGAACAAAUGGGAUCUCAAGAAUUAUGAGAAAUGGGCUAGUAUUGCCAACAUCACUGAGGUACCGAUCGGUCAGUCUCUCUUCCGAGCCAUGAAAGUGAUGCGUCAAACAGACACCAAUCAUUGUCCAUCAGCUCUCCUUGCUAAAUAUCCAGAAAUUCGCUUUAUCAUUGAUAUCUCCAAUGAUACACCGCCUUAUCGAUCCACUGAUUUUGAACAAAGUCGUAUCGAAUACAUUAAAUUUAAAACUGUUUCCAAGAUCCCACCUACCCGUGAAGAAGUAGCUCAAUUCAAUGACAUUGCUGCCUCUUGCUGGCAGAAAAACCCUCAAGCACAAAUCGCUGUUCAUUGUCAUUAUGGAUUCAAUAGAACUGGUUUCUUUAUCUGCUGUUACAUGAUUGAAAGACUUGGUGUCUCUGUACCAGACGCUCUUCGCUACUUUAAAGAAGUUAGACCACCAGGAAUAAGACAUGCUCAUUUCAUUGACGAACUCUAUCUUCGUUAUGUCUUGAAUGAACGGUACUAG